UCAACGCGGUACACUGUUGUCGUAGAGAGACGUUGUUGAAAAAGAGAGGAAGCUGAAACGGCAGUUGGUACGCACGCUAUUGCUUGUUAACGUUGCUUGCAUCCAUUGCUAUUUCCUAAUGGCAACGGAGGAUAAAAGGAAAUCGGUGCCGCAGGCUGAAUCAGAAGUCGGUUCGUUACCGACACCUCAGGGCUACAAUAAUAAUAAUAACAACAACAACAACAAUAAUAACAAAGAUAGCGAGGGAAGCGAGAAUACGAGCACGGCAACUUCGAGCACUACCGCAUCGAGCGGGACGGGAACGCACAGCAUCGGGAACGGCUCUGGAGUCAACCCUACAGUGGGAAAUAACGGGAAAUGGGUCCGGUUGAACGUCGGCGGCACAGUAUUCCUCACAACGCGGCAUACCCUACUCAAAGAACAAACUUCCUUUCUCUAUCGGCUCUGUCAACAACAGGACUUACAUUCGGACACGGACGAGACAGGGGCCUAUGUGAUAGACAGAGACCCCACCUACUUUGGCCCCAUCCUUAACUACCUGCGACACGGCAAACUGGUCUACAACAAGGAGCUGGCUGAAGAAGGUGUGUUGGAGGAGGCUGAGUUCUACAACAUCACUCCUCUGAUCAAACUGAUCAAGGAGAGGAUCCUGGAGCGGGACUGUAAAGUCACACAGCAGGUGCCUCCUAAACAUGUGUACCGGGUGCUGCAGUGCCAGGAGGAGGAGCUGACCCAGAUGGUUUCCACCAUGUCAGACGGCUGGAAGUUUGAGCAGGUCAGCGUGCGCACCUGCAGAAAGCCCCGCACCGGACUGCUCUGGACUAUGGUAAACAUUGGUUCGUCGUAUAGCUAUGGGACAGAGGACCAGGCAGAGUUUCUGUGUGUGGUGUCCAAGGAGCUACACACACCUGGCUCAGGCCUGGGCACCGAACAGAGCCACAAGACCAAGGUCUGAAGUAGCAGGAUACGGAUCUGUCACUGUGUGUCUCCAUGGGACAUUUCUUCUCAUCCAAGAUGAUCUGAGUAUCCUUUGAUCUUAGUGUCUGCAUUUUCCACUCAAACAUUCAAAAUGUCACACACACAUCUCCCAAAUGUCAUUCACAAGCACAUUCACAUUCACUCCAUCAUCCACACUUCUUCCCUCUCCCUCUCUCUCUCUCUCUCUCUCUCUCUCGCUCUCUCU